AUGACUGGCACCGAGCAACAGAAGGAGGGCGAGAAGCAAUUCUCCAUCCAACCCAUCAAAGAUGAGGCCAAGGACAAGGUCUCUGCUUUCAACGCUCACCCCGGACCCGCCGUGCCCAAGGAUAUGCCCCAAGAAGAGGGCACCAAGGAGGAGCGCAAGGCCAAGAUGGAGGCUCUGAACAAGAAAUAA